AUAAGGAACUGAAGGGGAAAUAAAAUAUACAGGAUGAAAAGAUGGCAAUGUUGCCACCCCCCGGACCACAGAGCUUUGUCCACUUCACAGAGCAGUCUCUUGCUCUCAUUGAACAACGCAUUGCUGAAGGAAAAACAAAGGACCCCAAAGAAGAAAAGAAGGACGAUGAGGAUGAAGGCCCAAAGCCAAGCAGUGACUUGGAAGCUGGCAAACCACUGCCCUUCAUCUAUGGAGACAUUCCUCCAGGGAUGGUGUCGGAGCCCCUGGAGGACCUGGACCCGUUCUAUGCAGACAAAAAAACUUUCAUAGUAUUGAACAAAGGAAAAACAAUCUUCCGUUUCAAUGCCACACCUGCUUUGUACAUUUUAUCUCCAUUCAGUCCUCUAAGAAGAAUAUCUAUUAAGAUUUUAGUACACUCCUUAUUCAGCAUGCUUAUCAUGUGCACUAUUCUGACAAACUGCAUAUUUAUGACCCUGAGUAACCCUCCUGAUUGGACCAAGAAUGUAGAGUACACUUUUACUGGAAUAUAUACUUUUGAAUCACUUGUAAAAAUCCUUGCAAGAGGCUUCUGUGUGGGAGAAUUCACCUUCCUUCGUGACCCGUGGAACUGGCUCGAUUUUGUUGUCAUUGUUUUUGCAUAUGUGACAGAGUUUGUGGACCUGGGCAAUGUCUCAGCGUUGAGAACAUUCAGAGUUCUCCGAGCAUUGAAAACAAUUUCAGUCAUUCCAGGCUUGAAGACCAUUGUGGGGGCCCUGAUCCAGUCAGUGAAGAAGCUCUCAGAUGUCAUGAUCCUGACUGUGUUCUGUCUGAGUGUGUUUGCGCUAAUUGGGCUGCAGCUGUUCAUGGGCAACCUGAGGAAUAAAUGUUUUCGAAAUCUACUAGAAAAUAAUGAAACAUAUGAAAGCAUAUUGAACACCUUGGAGACUGAAGAAGACUAUAGAAAAUAUUUUUAUUACUUGGAAGGAUCCAAAGAUGCUCUCCUUUGUGGUUUCAGUGGAGAUUCAGGUCAGUGUCCAGAAGGGUACGUCUGUAUGAAAGGUGGCAGAAACCCCGAUUAUGGCUACACAAGCUUUGACACUUUCAGUUGGGCCUUCUUAGCCUUAUUUCGGUUAAUGACCCAAGAUUACUGGGAAAACCUUUACCAACAGACACUGCGUGCUGCUGGGAAAACCUACAUGAUCUUCUUUGUUGUGGUGAUUUUCCUGGGCUCCUUUUAUCUCAUAAACUUGAUCCUGGCUGUGGUUGCCAUGGCCUAUGAAGAACAGAACCAAGCAAACAUUGAAGAAGCUAGGCAGAAAGAGUUAGAAUUUCAACAGAUGUUAGAACGACUUAAAAAAGAGCAAGAAGAAGCUGAGGCAGUAGCAGCGGCAGCAGCUGAAUAUACAAGUAUCGGGAGGAGCAGAAUCAUGGGCCUCUCAGAGAGCUCUUCUGAAACGUCCAAACUGAGCUCUAAGAGUGCUAAAGAAAGAAGAAACAGGAGAAAGAAAAAGAAUCAAAAGAAGCUGUCCAGAGGGGAAGAAAAGAGAGAUGAUGAAAAAUUGUCCAAAUCUGAAUCCGAAGAAAGCAUCAGGAGAAAAAGUGUCCACCUUGGUGUUGAAGGACCUAGGCGAGCACGUGAAAACAGAUUAUCUACCCCCAAUCAGUCACCACUCAGCAUUCGUGGCUCCUUGUUUUUUCCAAGACGCAGCAGCAGAACAAGUCUUUUUAGUUUCAAGGGUCGAGGAAAAGAUAUAGGAUCUGAGACUGACUUUGCCGACGACGAGCACAGCAUUUUUGGAGACAAUGAAAGCCGAAGGGGCUCGCUGUUCGUGCCCCACAGACCAAGGGAGCGGCGCAGCAGUAACAUCAGUCAAACCAGUAGGUCCCCGUCAAUACUGCGGGUGAACGGGAAGAUGCACAGCGCCGUGGACUGCAAUGGUGUGGUCUCCCUGGUUGAUGGACCUUCAGCCCUCAUGCUUCCCAAUGGACAGCUUCUGCCAGAGGUGAUAAUAGAUAAGGCAACGUCUGAUGAGAGCGGUACAACCAAUCAAAUACGUAAGAAAAGACGAUCCAGUUCUUAUCUCCUUUCUGAGGAUAUGCUGAAUGACCCUAAUCUCAGACAAAGAGCAAUGAGUAGAGCGAGCAUAUUGACGAACACUGUGGAAGAACUUGAAGAGUCUAGACAAAAAUGCCCACCUUGGUGGUACAGAUUUGCACACACUUUCUUGAUCUGGAAUUGUUCUCCAUAUUGGAUAAAAUUUAAGAAGUUGAUCUAUUUUAUCGUAAUGGAUCCUUUUGUAGACCUUGCUAUAACCAUUUGCAUAGUUUUGAACACGUUAUUUAUGGCUAUGGAGCAUCACCCCAUGACUAAUGAAUUCAAAAACAUGCUCACUGUGGGAAAUUUGGUCUUUACUGGGAUCUUUGCAGCUGAAAUGGUUUUAAAACUAAUUGCCAUGGACCCAUAUGAAUAUUUCCAAGUAGGCUGGAAUAUUUUUGACAGCCUUAUUGUGACUUUAAGCUUAGUGGAGCUUUUCUUAGCAGAUGUGGAAGGAUUGUCAGUUCUGCGAUCAUUCAGAUUGCUCCGGGUUUUCAAGUUGGCAAAAUCCUGGCCAACAUUGAACAUGCUGAUAAAGAUCAUUGGUAACUCAGUGGGGGCCCUGGGUAACCUCACCUUGGUGUUGGCCAUCAUCGUCUUCAUUUUUGCCGUGGUCGGCAUGCAGCUCUUUGGUAAGAGCUACAAAGAAUGUGUCUGCAAGAUCUCCAGUGACUGUACGCUCCCACGCUGGCACAUGAAUGACUUCUUCCACUCCUUCCUGAUUGUGUUCCGUGUGCUGUGUGGGGAGUGGAUAGAGACCAUGUGGGACUGUAUGGAGGUCGCUGGCCAAACCAUGUGCCUCAUUGUUUACAUGAUGGUGAUGGUGAUUGGAAACCUAGUGGUCCUGAACCUAUUUCUGGCUUUAUUAUUGAGCUCAUUUAGCUCAGACAAUCUUACAGCAAUUGAGGAAGACACAGAUGCAAACAACCUCCAGAUUGCAGUGGCCAGGAUUAAGAAGGGAAUAAAUUAUAUGAAACAAACCUUACGUGAGUUUAUUCUAAAAGCGUUUUCCAAAAAGCCAAAGAUCUCCAAGGACAUAAGACAAACAGAAGAUAUAAAUGGUAAAAAAGAAAACUACAUUUCUAAUCGCACACUUGCUGAGAUGAGCAAAGAUCUCAAUUUCCACAAAGAUAAAGAUAAGACCAGUGGUUUUGGAAGCAACAUGGACAAAUACCGGAUGGAAGAAAGUGACUGUCAAUCAUUUAUCCAUAACCCCAGCCUCACAGUGACAGUGCCAAUUGCACCGGGGGAGUCUGAUUUGGAAAAUAUGAAUACCGAAGAACUUAGCAGUGAUUCAGAUACUGAAUACAGCAAAGGGAGAUCGAACCCAUGGAGUUCUUCUGAAUGCAGCACAGUUGAUAACCCAGUGCCGGGAGAAGGAGAAGAAGCAGAGGCUGAACCCAUAAAUCCAGAUGAGCCAGAGGCCUGUUUCACAGAUGGUUGUGUACAGAGGUUCCCAUGCUGCCAAGUUAACAUAGAGUCAGGGAAAGGGAAAAUCUGGUGGAACAUAAGGAAAACCUGCUACAAGAUAGUUGAACACAACUGGUUUGAAAGCUUCAUUGUUCUCAUGAUCCUGCUCAGCAGUGGUGCUCUGGCCUUUGAAGAUAUAUAUAUUGAAAGGAAAAAGACCAUUAAAAUUAUUCUGGAGUAUGCUGACAAGAUAUUCACUUAUGUCUUCAUUCUGGAAAUGCUUCUAAAAUGGGUAGCAUAUGGUUACAAAACUUAUUUCACCAAUGCCUGGUGUUGGCUGGAUUUCUUAAUUGUCGAUGUUUCUUUGGUUACUUUAGUAGCAAACACUCUUGGCUACUCAGAUCUUGGUCCCAUUAAAUCCCUCCGGACACUGAGGGCCUUAAGACCCUUAAGAGCCUUAUCCAGAUUUGAAGGAAUGAAGGUGGUUGUGAAUGCACUCAUUGGAGCAAUUCCUUCCAUCAUGAAUGUGCUACUUGUGUGUCUUAUAUUCUGGCUAAUAUUUAGCAUCAUGGGAGUAAAUUUGUUUGCUGGCAAGUUCUAUGAGUGUGUGAACACCACAGAUGGGUCACGGCUUCUUCCAAGUCAAGUUCAAAAUCGUUCCGAGUGUUUUGCCCUUAUGAACGUGAGUCAAAAUGUGCGAUGGAAGAACCUGAAAGUGAACUUUGAUAACGUUGGACUGGGUUACCUGUCUCUGCUGCAAGUUGCAACAUUUAAGGGAUGGAUGGAUAUCAUGUACGCAGCCGUUGAUUCUGUUAAUGUAGACAAGCAGCCCAAGUAUGAAUACAGCCUCUACAUGUACAUUUACUUUGUCAUCUUUAUCAUCUUUGGGUCAUUCUUCACUUUGAACCUGUUCAUUGGCGUCAUCAUAGAUAAUUUCAACCAACAGAAAAAGAAGCUUGGAGGUCAAGACAUAUUUAUGACAGAAGAACAGAAGAAAUACUAUAAUGCAAUGAAAAAGCUUGGAUCCAAGAAACCACAAAAGCCAAUUCCUCGGCCAGGGAACAAAUUCCAAGGAUGUAUAUUUGACCUAGUAACAAACCAAGCUUUCGAUAUCACCAUCAUGGUUCUUAUCUGCCUUAACAUGGUAACCAUGAUGGUAGAAAAAGAGGGCCAGAGUGAAUAUAUGGAUUACAUUUUAUACUGGAUAAAUGUGGUUUUUAUUAUCCUUUUCACUGGAGAAUGUGUGCUGAAACUGAUCUCCCUCAGACACUAUUACUUCACUGUAGGAUGGAACAUUUUUGAUUUUGUGGUUGUGAUUCUCUCCAUUGUAGGUAUGUUUCUGGCUGAGCUUAUAGAAAAAUAUUUUGUGUCCCCUACCCUGUUCCGAGUGAUCCGUCUUGCCAGGAUUGGCCGAAUCCUGCGUCUAAUCAAAGGAGCAAAGGGGAUCCGCACGCUGCUCUUUGCUUUGAUGAUGUCCCUCCCUGCUUUGUUUAACAUCGGCCUUCUGCUCUUCCUGGUCAUGUUCAUCUAUGCCAUCUUUGGAAUGUCCAACUUUGCUUAUGUUAAAAAGGAAGCUGGUAUUAAUGACAUGUUCAACUUUGAGACAUUUGGCAAUAGCAUGAUCUGCCUGUUCCAGAUUACCACCUCUGCUGGCUGGGAUGGAUUGUUGGCACCUAUUCUCAACAGUGCACCACCAGACUGUGAUCCAAAAAAAGUUCAUCCUGGAAGUUCAGUUGAAGGAGACUGUGGUAGCCCCUCUGUUGGAAUAUUCUAUUUUGUCAGUUAUAUAAUCAUAUCAUUCCUGGUUGUGGUGAACAUGUACAUCGCUGUCAUCCUGGAGAACUUCAGUGUUGCCACUGAAGAAAGUACUGAGCCCCUGAGUGAGGAUGACUUUGAGAUGUUUUAUGAGGUUUGGGAGAAAUUUGAUCCAGAUGCAACCCAGUUUAUAGAAUACAGCAAACUCUCUGACUUUGCGGCUGCCCUGGAUCCUCCGCUUCUCAUAGCAAAACCAAACAAAGUCCAGCUCAUUGCCAUGGAUCUGCCCAUGGUCAGUGGUGACCGGAUCCACUGCCUUGACAUCUUAUUUGCUUUUACAAAGCGUGUUCUGGGUGAAGGCGGAGAGAUGGAUUCUCUUCGUUCACAAAUGGAAGAAAGGUUCAUGUCCGCAAAUCCUUCUAAAGUGUCUUAUGAACCCAUUACGACUACACUCAAACGAAAACAAGAGGAUGUAUCUGCUACUGUCAUUCAGCGUGCUUACAGACGCUACCGCUUACGGCAAAAUGUCAAAAACAUAUCAAGCAUAUAUAUAAAAGAUGGAGACAAAGAUGAUGAUUUGCCCAAUAAAGGAGAUAUGGUUUUUGAUAAUGACUCAAGUCUAGAAAAAACAGAUGUGACCCCAUCUACCAUCUCUCCACCUUCAUAUGAUAGUGUAACAAAGCCAGACAAAGAGAAAUAUGAAAAAGACAAAACAGAAAAGGAACACCAAGGGAAAGAUGGCAAAGAAAGCAAAAAAUAGAGCUUCAUUUCUGAUGUAUUGUUUACAGCCUGUGAAGGUGAUCUAUUUGUGUUAAUAAGACUCUUUUAAGGAGGUCUAUGCCAAACUUUUUACCAAAAUAUUUCAAAGUCAGAGCAGUUACUAGUUCUGAUUCCCUAAGAUAGGUGGGCAGCACUGGAAGAUGGCUAUUUUUGCAUUGGUAAAUGAUACUGUGAGAAUUGUAAGUUACUCUUUAGGGAUUAUUGAUUACAGCAAACAAAAGCGAUAUAAUUUUUUUUUUUUUAUUUUAAUAAAUCAGAAGACCAUGUAGAAAAUUUUCACAUCUGCCUUGUCAUCCUUUCACAGGAUUGUAAUCAUUCAUUUUUUUCCCAUGUAAAUACAAACAUCCACACAUGCAAACACACUUGCACAUACAUAUAACUAGGGAAAUAUUUGUUAUAUGGAAAUCAUCAGAAGUAUUUUGCCUUGGCUUUUGCAAUGAAAUGCCCUGAUAGAAGUGAUGGACAUUAGUGAUGAAUGUUUAGUUAAAGUAUCUUAUUAUUAGGGAGCAAUAGUCAUUUAUCUAUGUACAGAGGUCAUUCUAUAUUUUUGAGGUGCUUAAAUUUAUUCUGCAUUGCAUCAAAACCAAUUUAUAUGUGCCUAUAAAACGCCAUGGGUUUAAAAACAUAUGUAUGCUAUUCAUUGGACAAAUACUUUUGACUCAUCUUGACUCAUAUACCAACCAAGUAAAGAUACUUAGAGUAUUGUGCUUAAUAUCCUGUCUCUUUUAUAUUCCUCUUUGUCCAUACAAUAACCACAAAAUAUGAAAAAUUAUUCUAAGUACACAUCACAUUUCUCAAAAGAAAAAAAAUUAAGAUAAUUGAGAAAAGAAAGCUUUAUUUACUAUUCUUUAUGCAAUCCAACACUGGACUGUGCUGCCCAAAAACACCAGUAAUGACCUAAUUCUUAAUCUUUUCUGUCACAUUUUUCUAUUUGCUCAUGCAGUAUUGUUUAGUCAUCUUUUAGCACUAAGCAGAGUUGAUGUUUCCCUUCAAUGAAGUGCUUCCUGAUGAGCAAAAUAGCUAUGUGAUACCAUGGUGCAUGUUUGAGCAGAUACUGACUUGGGCACAGUAUCCACUGUAUACGAUCUGAAAUGUGUUUGGCAAGCUUUCGAGUCAUAAUAUAUGGCAGGCUUUCAACACAGACUUACAUGUAGUAUGAAUGAAAGAGCUUUCAACUGGGAUUCUUGCCAACUUGCUUUCUUGCCACUAACUUGCUUUCCUACUUUGUUCAAGUAAUCCUUUUAGACCUCCAUUACUUCAUGUACAAAAUAAGGAUGUCACUUUCUCCUUUAAAUUCUAUAACUCUGAGGUAUAUUUUGCAUUAUCAGUAAAGUACCCUCAGCUUAUAGUUUACCAAGCACAUAUUAAUUUUUUCUUAAAUGUUGUCAUCUUCCCAAAGAUUGGAAAUCUAGUAAAAAAAAAAUCCUUGUUAAUAAUGAAAAGAAAUGGCCAUGAUGCAUAUUUUUCAUGACUUUAUUCCAGGAAUAUGAGAAUUUUUUUCUACAAAGUUAUUCAUGCACAGGAAAAACUGAGUUACAAAGUAGAAAGUAGUGUCACCUGGAAGUUUUUGUGGAAGUUUUUGAAGCAAAUAUAUAGAAUAUAUUUCAUUCAUUUGUUUUUAAAAUUUUAAAAAGUACAUAACUUCUAUUUCUAUGGUACGUACUUAAAACAUCUUGUUGUGGUGGUGAUGAAUUAAUGAUAAAGGAGAUUUAAACAUACCUGUAGAUGCUGUGGGAAACCCUGGUGGCAUAGUGGUUGAGAGUUUGUCUGCUAACCAAAAGGUGGACAGUUUGAAUUCACCAGGUUUUUAAUAAACACUAUGACUCGAAAUCAGCUUGAUGGCAACAGGUUUGGUUUGGUUUUGGUUAUAGAUGUGAAAGGAGCCCCAGUAGUACAGUGGUUAAAUGCUCAGCUGCUAACUGAAAGUCAGAGGUUCAAACUCAGUAGCUGCUCCAAGGGAGAAAAAAUAUGGCGCUCUGCUUCCAUAAAGAUUACAGCCUUGGAAACCCUAUUGGGCAGUUCUACUCUGUUUUAUGUGGUUUUUUUAUGAGUUGGAAUCGACUCCAGGGCAAUGGUUUUUUUUUUUUU